CACAAACCCGAGGCACAACUUGCCUAUCUUCUCCUCGCCGGCCUCAUCGUUAUCUUCUCAGAUCUGGGCUGCGUUCCUCUGCAACAGCCAUGGCUCCCAAAAAGAACAAGGCAAACAAAAAGAGCAAAGGAGAUAUAAAUGAAAUGACCAUCAUGGUUGAGGACAGCCCUAUCAACAAGAUCAACGGGCUGAACACUCUGCUCGAGGGAGGGAACGGGUUCAACUGCAUCUCAACCGAAGUCACCGAUUCUGUAUACGCGGCUAACCUCUUGGAGGGUCUGAGCAACAUGAGGCAGGACACCUUCCUUUGUGAUCUAACCGUUGCCACCAAGUCAAAGUCCUUUGACGUCCACAAGGUUGUCAUGGCGUCUUGCAGCGAGUACAUCAGAAAUAUCUUAAAGAAGGAUUCCUCCCUUCAGAAGAUCGACCUUAAUGAUCUGUCACCUGUGGGCCUUGCCACUGCUAUUACGUAUGCAUACUCGGGAAAGCUUACCCUGUCACUAUACAGCAUUGGGAGCACUAUUGCCGCAGCCAUGUUGCUGCAAAUUGGCAGCCUGGUGAAGAUGUGCAGUGACUUCCUCAUGCAGGAGCUAAGUGUGGAGAACUGCAUGUACGUGGUCAAUAUUGCUGACACCUAUGACCUCAAAGAAACCAAGUUAGCAGCGCAGAAGUUCAUGAGGGAGAACUUCAUUGAGUUUUCUGAGAUGGAGCAGUUCCUGAAGCUAACUUAUGAGCAGAUAAGUGAUUUCCUCUCUGAUGAUUCCCUCCAGCUGCCUUCUGAGCUCACUGCCUUCCAGAUAGCCAUGAAAUGGUUGGAUUUUGAUGAGAAGAGGUUGAAGUACGCUGCGGAUCUUCUCACGCACAUCCGCUUCGGCACUAUCUCUGCCCAAGAUCUGGUGACUCAUGUCCAGAAUGUACCUAGGAUGAUGCAAGACUCUGAGUGCCAUCGUCUCCUGGUUGAUGCCAUGAAUUACCAUCUGUUGCCGUACCAACAGAACAUCCUCCAGUCACGCAGAACAAAGGUACGCGGUGGCCUCCGAGUGAUGCUCACGGUUGGUGGACGCCCAGCCUUGACAGAGAAGUCUCUUAGCAAAGAUGUCCUCUACAGGGAUGCUGAUAAUGUGUGGAAUAAGCUGACAGAAAUGCCAGCUAAGAGCUUCAAUCAGUGUGUGGCAGUUUUGGAUGGCUUCCUGUACGUGGCAGGUGGUGAAGACCAGAACGAUGCAAGGAACCAGGCUAAACACGCUGUCAGCAACUUCUCCAGGUACGAUCCCCGCUUCAACAACUGGAUUCACCUGAGCAACAUGAACCAGAAGCGCACCCACUUCAGUUUGAACACCUUCAACGGCCUCCUGUUUGCCGUGGGCGGCCGCAACGGGGACGGCUGUCAGGCCUCAGUCGAGACCUACGUGCCUUCAUCCAACCAAUGGCAGAUGAAAGCGCCAAUGGAGGUGCCACGCUGCUGUCACGCCAGCUCUGUCAUUGAUGGCAAGAUCCUUGUAUCAGGAGGUUACAUCAACAAUGCCUACUCCAGGGCCGUGUGCUGCUAUGACCCCUCCACUGAUAGCUGGCAGGAUAAAAAUAGCCUGAGCACUCCUCGAGGCUGGCACUGUGCUGCCACUGUGGGAGACCGGGCCUAUGUCUUUGGUGGCAGCCAGCUGGGAGGUCGUGGUGAGAGGGUAGAUGUCCUAGCAGUCGAAUGUUACAAUCCUCACAAUGGGCAAUGGAGCUACUGUGCCCCACUUCACACAGGGGUGAGCACGGCCGGUGUCUCCAUUUUGAACAACAAGGUCUAUAUCCUUGGAGGCUGGAAUGAAGUGGAGAAGAAAUACAAGAAAUGCAUUCAGGUGUUCAACCCUGAUCUCAAUGAAUGGACUGAGGAUGACGAAUUGCCGGAGGCUACAGUCGGCAUCUCAUGCUGUGUAGUCACCAUACCCACGCGGAAAACCCGAGAGUCAAGAGCCAGUUCAGUUUCCUCGGCACCAGUUAGCAUAUGAGCCUGUAGACGGUACAGUUUUUACAUGCCUAAAAGCCUCCAGCCUGUCUGUUGCGGUAAUUUGUGGUUCUAAAUUUUAGAAAAUGCCCCUUUUUGAGGACUUGACAUGUUUUUAGUCCCCAAAUAGGGCCAGUUGUUCUUACGGUGUUCUCACUUUUAACAAUUGUUUGAAACUUUAUCUGGGAAAUUGAUCAAAUGGAAACGUUGCAAAUUCACCCAAUGAGGCAAAUUUAGGGGGAAUGCAAUUAAAAUAUAUUUCUUAAAAGAACUUUUAAAAUCAGAUCCAAAUUUGGUAUUUUCACAAGAGAGAAACGAUAUGAAAAACUUCAUAUUUGCGGUGGUGGCUGUUAUGAAGGGAACACUGAAUGUGAAAGCUAUUUGUUGAGGACAUCUGACCUUCAUAAUGUCAAGUAAUAAUUACUACGAGGGAGACAUUAGCCGGGAAAUUUUCCUCUGGGGCCAAUUCAGUUAUGGUAAUUUCAUCAGCCCUAUAUUUCUGUCGUGUAUUCACAAUAGUUUUUUAAACCUCAGCUAAAUGAGUUAGUUUACAUUAGUUUACAUACAAACGAACAGUCAGUGCUCAUAUUGAAUUUCUGUCGUAAUGUACCUGGCUAUAGUACAUAAUCCGUGCCACGAAGUAAAUAAUACUGUGUCAUAAACGCUAGAAGACUAAUUGUAAAAACUCCCUGAUAGAAACUGUGAAUAAAAACUGCUAUUCAUGUAGUCCAAAUACAGACAUUACAGCCAUUUCCUGGUAGGCGGUGCAUGUAAAUAGUGGGGCGACAAAAGCUGGAGCUGAAUCAAGAGAUAACAGACACUGAAAUGACCUCACCUGCCAGGAGUAGGUGGUGCUGCGGUUAGUGCUGGGUUUUGGUUGUUAGUCUCGACACGCUUACGCAUGAGAGCUUCAUUUCCUCUACAUGUACAUUGUGCUCUCGAUUCAGCGGGCGUUGUGUGACUGCCGUGACACGGUCAAUGCAGAGAGAUAGGUUGUGCUGUGACGAUGCUGAGGAGGACGAGGUCUGACGUGUUGAGAUGUUGACGGCAUUUCAUUGUUUUGUAGAAAAUCACAUUUUAAAAAAAAAGAAAAAGCAACCCUUGGAAUAAAGCUAUCGGCCUGAGCGUUCAUGGGAGUGGGUACUCAUGAAUCCACUUGACAACCCAAUUUUUUAUUCCUUUGUGUGUGUGGUUUUUUUUUUGUGUCCUUAAAUUAAAUGGUU